AAUAACCUCAAACUUUAUAACAAGCACGGUAUUUGAGAAAUAAAUAUAUCCAAAUGGCUACAAAUAAAGUAGACAUAGGAGUUCUAGAAGAAAGAACCAGUUGGCUUCUACAUCCUAGAUUUUUUCCUAGCAAAGUGGGGGGCAAGCCAGCGUGGCUGGACCUUAAAAAUCUGCCUAACCCUCAGGAGCUGGAGUGUAAACGAUGUAAGGAUCCUCUAGUGUUUCUGUGUCAAAUAUACGCACCAUAUGAGGAGUUGGAUGAAUGCUUCCAUCGUACUGUAUUUAUAUUUAUAUGCCGCAAUGGAACUUGUUGUCGAACUAACUGUGCAGAAAAUUUCCUUGUAUUACGUUGUCAGCUGCCACGAAAGAAUGCCUUCUAUUCAUAUCAGCCCUAUGAAGAAAAUGAAAAUGAGGAAUUUCCAAUGGACAAAUGGCCUAAGCUUUGCAACUUGUGUGGGGCAAAAGGCCCUUCUCAUUGCUCAAAGUGUAAGAAAAGUUUCUACUGCAGUCGUCAACAUCAAAUUCUUGACUGGCAGAAAGGCCACAAGGAAGCUUGUCUACAAUUACAGGCUGCUGAUAUGGUAAAGCUAAACAACUUUAUAGUCACCGAUGCUGGUAAAGCCGUCUUGUUCAAGGAGUGGGAAAUUAUAAUUGAUGAAGAGGAUGAGGAAGAUGUCAAAGAUGUGGAUGUAAAUAAUGAAAUGGAGAAAUUACAUAAAUUAAUGCAAGAAAAAAAAGCAGGAACAUUAAGCAAUGUCAGUGAAGGGGAGUUAGAUGAAUAUACUAGAACCAUGCCAGAGGAUAAGGUUUUCAAUAAAUUCAGCAAAAGGAUAGCACGGCACCCAGAACAAGUGCUGAGAUACGAUAGAGGGGGAAGCCCAUUGUGGAUUACAGGAAACACAGAGAACAGUGUUAUGAAUGUGGCCAACUGCCAAUACUGUGGUGGAGAAAGACAAUUUGAAUUUCAGGUAAUGCCACAACUUCUAAACUUUAUUAAUGCUGGAGUAGAUGUAAAUAGUAUAGACUGGGGUGUGCUAGCCGUGUACACUUGUAAGUCUAGCUGCACACAAGGUCCUGCAUACAAGGAGGAGUUCAUAAUAAAACAAGAUUUAACUAAUUAACUAAGUGUAUUUAAAUUCACAUAACUGUUAUAAUUAUUAAUUACAUUAUUUUUAUUUA